UUGCAGUUCACGACGCAUGCGCAGUUAGUUACUUCGCUCUAGAGGGAGACAUGGCGACGUCCCUGAUCUGCGGCCGUUUGACGGCCAGCCUGAGAAAUUCAGGGGCCAGGAACACGAUCAGCUCCGCUUCCAAGGUCCUCGGUGGGUCUUCAGGUCUGUUUGGAGGCCAUGUGUCCCAGCUGCAGCCCCCCCACCUGCAGCAGCAGCAGAGGAACCUCUCCCUACACGAGUACAUGAGCAUCGGGCUGCUGAAAGAGGCCGGCAUCUCCGUGCCCGACGGCAUGGUGGCCAGCUCCUCGGAUGAGGCGUACGCCGUGGCCAAGCAGAUCGGCUCAAAGGACCUGGUGGUGAAAGCUCAGGUCCUGGCCGGGGGCAGAGGGAAGGGGACGUUCGAGGGCGGCCUGAAGGGAGGAGUGAGGAUCGUCUACUCUCCAGAGGAGGCCCGUGACAUUUCGUCCCAGAUGAUUGGUCGAAAGCUCUACACCAAGCAGACCGGGGAGGCGGGACGUAUCUGCAACCAGGUGUUCAUCUGCGAGCGCAGGUAUCCACGCAGAGAGUACUACUUCGCCAUCACCAUGGAGAGGUCCUACCAGGGCCCCGUCCUGAUUGGCAGCUCGCAGGGGGGCGUGAACAUCGAAGACGUCGCUGCAGAAAAUCCAGACGCCAUUGUGAAGGAGCCCAUCGACAUCGUGGAGGGCAUCAAGAUGGAGCAGGCGGUCAAGGUCGCUAAGAAGAUGGGCUUCCCGCCGGCGCUGGUGAACGAGGCGGCGGAGAACAUGAUCAAACUGUACAACGUGUUCAUCAAGUACGACGCCUCCAUGGUCGAGAUCAACCCCAUGGUGGAGGACUCCUCUGGCAUCGUGAUGUGCAUGGACGCCAAGAUCAACUUCGACUCUAACGCCGCGUACCGCCAGCAGAAGGUGUUUGACCUGCAGGACUGGACCCAGGAGGACCCCCGGGACCGACAGGCCGCCAGGGCCGACCUGAACUACAUCGGCCUGGACGGAACCAUCGGCUGCCUGGUGAACGGAGCGGGUCUGGCCAUGGCCACCAUGGACAUCAUCAAGCUGCAUGGCGGCACUCCGGCCAACUUCCUGGAUGUGGGAGGAGGAGCCACGGCCCACCAGGUGACCGAGGCGUUCAAACUCAUCACCUCUGACAGGAAGGUUCAGGCCAUCCUGGUCAACAUCUUCGGAGGCAUCAUGAGGUGUGAUGUCAUCGCCCAGGGCAUCAUCAUGGCCGUGAGAGACCUGGACCUCAAGAUCCCCAUCGUUGUGCGGUUACAAGGGACGAGAGUGGACGAUGCUAAAGCUCUGAUCGCUGCCAGCCCUCUGAAAAUCCUGGCCUGUGACGACCUGGACGAAGCCGCCAAAAUGGUUGUAAAGCUUUCUGAAAUCGUCUCACUGGCUAAAGAAGCUCAAGUGGACAUCACCUUCCAGCUGCCCAUCUAAGCAACCUGGACCUUUGGCCUCCAUGACCUCCUCACACCUUCUUCCUCCUCCUCCUCCCAAGCACUUCCUCAGUCCCCUCCCCUGGACACACCCAUAGCGGCCCACCACUCCUCCCCCUCCCCCACAGCGAACAGCGAUGUAGUUGUAUGUUGGCGACUCUGUGGCGUGAUGGCACCACGCUGUACAGGUCUCCCUCCAUGUUUCCUCCAACUCAUGUUGCACUUGAGUCGAUACGCACAAACCUCCACCUUCAGACCUCCUCCUCCUCCUCCUCCUCCUCCUCCUCCUCCUCCUCCUCCUCCUCAUCUUCCUCCACUCACCUCCACAGUCUCAGAGAGGCACCUGUCUGUUUACUUGGUACUUGUUGGGAUAAUCUCCUUAGAAAAAAUAAAAACAGAGCAGCUGAAGCUUGAUCCACAUUCAGAUGUUGCAGAAUCUGCGUUCAGUCCCGUGUUCAUCGUGUUCAUCGUGGUCAGUUGUGAGGCGGCGAGGCGGCAGGAAGCUGCUCUUACAUCACAACGAUCCCGUUAGCUUCUUACACACAGGUAGUUUUGCAUGAGUGCCUCUUCAGUGUGUUUGUGUCUCUGAGCAGGAAUGUAAGAGAAUAAAGGAUGAACUCGUUCCCUCCAUGUACGACUCAUAGUGUUUCUGUGACGGAGCUGCGGCGCCGCUUCAGGAAACGCCCUCAGUGUUGAAAACAGUUAAUGACAGUGACCGAACCGUUACACGCACAGCUGAUAAAAUACCAGACUACGUCCCUCUAGUGGUGUCAGCCAAUCAGACGCUUCGGUUUCAUUUGUCCAGCUUAAUUUUUCUUUUUGUUUUUGAGGUGAAGUGAAUGUAACUCGUAGAGCGUCCUCUAUCUGCAGGCAUGACUGGAACUACUUUCUGCUGAAGAAAUAGUCCCUUUUGGGAGAAGUGAUCGUACUGUAGUGGAGGUGGAAAUCUCAGAGACAUUAUGUUUAAACACCUGAAAUAAAACCCAAACUACCUGCAUGAUGAAACACCAGAGGUCAGACCAAAUUAAACUAAAGCAAAUAUUUCAUCCUGUUUUCCUCUUUUUUAAAUCAGCAGAUCAUCGUAGCAAAACGGUGACGCUCCUACACGAGAGCGAGACCCUCAGACUGAACCGGACAAAUCGUUUUAUGUCUGAAAGCGAUGUCCAUAAUUUGCUGUACAAAACAAAAUAAUUAUUUAAUUAAACAAGAAGCAAAAAAAACUCAAAUCUGAGAAUCUGGAAGCAGCAAAUGUUUGAAAAAUGACUGAAACUAAAUAUUUGGAGAAUAAUUUGAUGUUGCAGCUUUAGUUUGUAGUUUGUUUUUGCGUCUUUUAACUUUCAGCUCUGUGACUUCAAAUAGAGGCUCAGAGGCCCCCUGACCUUUGACCCUCUGAGCCUGAGUCUGUUGAUUCUAUUAGUAUUGUGCAGCAGAGACUCAUGGGAACUCAGAGGCAGCAGCUUUAUCACGUGCUCCCUUCUUACUGUACACGAGCGGCCGCGUCUGUCGAUGCGACACGUGUUGACGCGACGUCGCUUCAGCUUCAGGUUAAAAUACAAACCGUCUCCAACAGCUUCGAUCGUCUGAAGCUCAUUAAACACAGAGGACAGUCUCGGCUCAGUGGUUGAAUAAAAUUCAAGGCGAUGGAUCUUUACGAGUCCAGAUGAUCGAUCCUGGACUUCCUGUUCCGCCCUCGGCUGUGGUUAACAGAGGUGAUGCAUCUCAGCUAAUUUUUUCUUUUUUUGUGAGGCAUGAAUUAUUCAGUGUUCCUGCUGAGGAACUCAAACUUCCAGGCAGAGAAACCCUGAGGGAGGAACAUGGAGACUAAAGCAGGGUUGACUGGACGUUAAAUCAGUCAGCUCGCUGUGAUUUCCUCUGCAGCUCUCUCCCUCUCUCUCUCUCCUCCCUGCUGAUGAUUUUUAAACCAGCGGUGCAGAUGUGCAUCACUGUGCUGCUGAAGUGGAGCAUGUUUUAUUACGUUAGCUAAAGAGGCGGACUGGAGGUCUGAGGUUCAGGCUGAGAGUUCAGGUUGUCUUCAGGCAGCACAGAGUUUAUUACCAGGGUUUUACCCUUCCUUUAAAAAGUUACAAGAAAUGGACUGAAACACUGGAGAUUGCGUUUCUCUGUAUUUAUUCGCUGUUUGUGGAGAAGUCGUCUCCUUCAGGGUCGAACAGGGGCGUGUGCAGCGGCGGCCAUCAUGCCACAGAUUGGUAGCCAUUUUCUCUCAGCUGUUUGUUUGUGUGUGACAUCAGAGUGGAGGCGGGCCGCGUCCUCUCAGCAGAACGGUAAAAUGACUGUAGUUGUUUCUUUUUCCCUACCUCCUCCUCUUCCUCAAUCUCUUCCUCCAGCGCUCCGAACACAAGCCGACAUUGUGAGUUGUACGUCAUUUAUUAUAUCUUGUAAAUAACCAAACUGAUGUUCUCGCUCUGUAAAAUAUUUAUGCUCCUCCGGGAGUCUGAGAAAAGAAGAAAAAAAUAAAUAGAGAGAACACCAA